CCUUGAGCCUCAGCUCAGAUCUUCCUUCCUCUGAAAAAUCUGCUCUGGUACCAGCCAUGCUCGCCGCAGCGGGCUCUCUGGUAGCCGCCAUCUGGGCAGCGCUCCAUCUCCGGACUCUGCUGCUGGCUGGGGUCACCUUCCUGUUCCUGGCUGAUUACCUCAAACGCAGGCGCCCCAAGAACUACCCGCCAGGGCCGCCGCGCCUGCCCUUCAUUGGCUGCUUUUUCCAGUUGGACUUUAAGCAGCCGCACCUGGCAGUUCAGAAGUUUGUGAAGAAAUAUGGGAAUGUUAUCAGUCUGGAUUUUGGAGUCAUGUCCUCAGUGCUUAUAAGCAGCCUGCCUUUAAUCAAAGAAGCCUUCACGAACCUGGAUGAAAAUUUUUUAAACCGCCCUAUAUUUCCUCUACAAAAACAUAUCUUUGAUGGAAAUGGGUUGAUCUUCUCCAGUGGCCAGACAUGGAAGGAGCAAAGAAGGUUCGCCCUGAUGACGCUGAGGAACUUUGGGUUGGGGAAGAAGAGCUUAGAGCAGCGCAUACGGGAGGAAGCCCACCACCUUGUGGAGGCCAUCGCAGAGGAGGGAGGACAGCCUUUUGACCCUCACUUCAGUAUCAACAAUGCGGUUUCCAAUAUCAUUUGCUCCGUCACCUUCGGGGAGCGCUUUGAGUACCAUGACAGCCGGUUUCAGGAGCUGCUGAGGUUACUGGAUGACGCCAUGUAUUUGGGCUCCUCAGUAAUGGUCAAUCUCUACAACAUCUUCCCAUGGAUAAUAAAACAUCUCCCAGGACAACACCAAACACUGCUGACUACCUGGAGAAGACUGAAAUUAUAUAUUUCUGAUAUAAUUGCCAAUCACCGCAAAGACUGGAACCCUGAGGAGCCGAGAGACUUCAUUGAUGCUUUCCUCAAUGAAAUGACAAAGUACCCAGACAAGACCACAAGCUUCAAUGAAGAAAGCCUCGUCUGCAGCACUCUGGACCUCUUCAUUGCUGGCACAGAGACAACGUCGACGACACUGCGCUGGGCUCUGCUCUACAUGGCCCUCUACCCAGAAGUGCAAGAAAAAAUACAGGCAGAGAUUGACAGAGUGAUUGGCCAAGGAAGACUGCCCAGCCUGGCUGACCGAGAUUCCAUGCCCUACACCAAUGCUGCGAUCCAUGAGGUGCAGAGAAUGGGCAAUAUUGUUCCUAUGAACGUUCCCAGGGAAGUGGCAGUUGACACUACACUGGCUGGAUUCCACCUGCCCAAGGGGUCUAUAGUCAUGACCAAUUUCACCGCACUGCACAUGGACCCCAAAGAAUGGGCCACGCCUGACGUCUUCAAUCCUGAGCACUUUCUGGAGAACGGACAGUUUAAGAAGAGAGACUCCUUUCUGCCGUUCUCAAUGGGAAAGAGAGCUUGCCUUGGAGAACAGUUGGCCAGGUCUGAGCUGUUCAUUUUCUUCACUACCCUUGUGCAAAAAUUUACCUUCAAGCCGCCAGCUAAUGAGAAGCUGAGCACGAAGUUCAGAUUUGGCAUCACCAUGUCCCCAGUCAGCCACCGCAUCUGUGCUGUCCCGAGAUUGUGAUGUCAGA